ACAUAAAGUCCGCAGUUCGUACAGUUCAAGCAGGGCGUGUCCGGAGACCCCUGGCAGGGGCGGAGAGAGAGCUGCGUCUCGUUAGUAGGGACAGGCGAGCUACACAGAGCACGGGUGGGAGUUCCGACUGCAGACCCCGACUCCGAGAGUAAGGAAAUCAGAAGAAGAGAAGUAAGAUCAUGUCUAACAAAACAAAUGGUGAAAAAAAAAUGACAAUUAAGAAGCUCACCAAGGAACCUGGGGGGCCCGUAAGGACUCCUCUGAAGCUCAAGGUGGUAUCUGUGGCAAAGACAAUAGACUACACAAAUCAGAAGGGAAUAGAUAUGAAGAUGAAGUUUAUAACCUUCGCCGACAAGUCAGAUAGAAUAACUGGCAAACUGUAUGACAUGGGCAAGACUGAAGUGAUCCAGGAAGGACAGUGUGUGUGUCUUCAAGAUUACAUCUAUGAUGCAAAGGAUCAGCGGGUUGUCAUCACCUCCAAAACUCUGGUCAUGAAAGCGAGGAGGUUUUCUGCCAUUGGAGAAUCUCCAAAGGCUCAGCAGGCCAAGAAUCUAAAAAGGGAAGAGAGACCCCAAAACCAAGAGACUCUGGCGUCCCCCCCACAGGUUAAAGAGGGUCACAGGCAGGUAAACUCCAUGCCAAUGGCGCUGGGCACAACACAAGUACCAGCCCUGGACGGGACGCCAGUUCAUGGCAGGACGCACUCCUGUGCCUACACACCUUCAAAGAACGUCUCCCCUUUACCUCAAGAGCCCAAGCAAGAAGAGAAGGUAACUUCAGAUCCUAAAGAACAGGAGGCCCUGAGUGAAUUGCUAAAUAUUUUGCAGCACGGAUCUAAGAAACAGUUGAGGUCACUGAACCUCAUUGGAGACAAGAAAACAAAGAUGAUCAUCGAAUGGAGGAGCCACAAUGCUUUGAAGCAGAUUGAGGACUUGGAGAAGAUUGAUGGGAUUUCCACCAAAAUAGUAGAAGCUCUGAAGAAACAAUUCCUGGAAAUGCACGCUUCUGAAGCCCUCUCCAUUUCAAAUGCCUGCUAAUGGCAGAAGCUUCAAGAAUAUGUUUUAAUAACAGAAACACUUUCUAUUCAUUAAAUGGAAGAAGUGAAAAGUCAAGUAAAAUGACACCUUUUAUUGGCUAACUAAAAAGAUUACAAUAUGCAAGCUUUCGAGGCAACUCAGGCCUCUUCUUCAGGCGAGAUGUAAUCAAGUGGAAAAAUUAAAUGGAAGACAAAUUGUUUCAGCAUUUUUAUGUGCAAAUACGACUGUAUGUUACUUAAAUACAACUUUAUAUUUUUAUAAUGUAUUGUAACUUGGCAGCCCGGUAGCUCCUUUUAAUAUAUGUGAGUCCCAGCAGGAUUUUGAAUGCUUUCUUUUGUUUAUUGUGGCCAGUUUUGUGUCAAAAUUAAUGAGGAUGUGCCUGUCUUUAUGCCCAAUUCAUGGCCCUCUGGUUUCCAGCUUUGAUUUUGUUGAUGUCAGGAUGUGCUUUUUCUUUAUGAUCCUCAAUUGAAUUAUGGAAGAAUGAGCAAAUCUGUAUGUUAACCAUUAUUUAAAAUAAUUUGUUCUUAAUAAACCAGGAGCAACAAUGCAGAUUUCAUCCUGGACACAGAACACUGGACUAGAUUUUUACCCUCACAAGGAUUCUGGAGGGUUUAUGGGAGAAUACGCAACCAGUCUAGAUGUGUUUUGUGGACUUGAAAAAAUCAUUCAACAGCAUCCCUCAGGGUGACCAGACUGCUCUGGGAUUAUAGGGAAUCAGGCUUGCUGUUGUGGGCUAUUCAGGACCUGUAC